AUGAAGCCUCAAGGAGCUGAUGAGCAUAUUUUGAAGUUGAAAGCCUUCCCAUUUUUGUUGGCUGACAAGGCUAAGCAGUGGCUUUAUGAGUUGCCUAGUGGACGAAUUACUUCUUGGGGAGACAUGAUGAAGGCGUUUCUUGAGAAGUACUUUCCUACAUCUCGCAUCAUCAUGUUGAGGAAGAAAAUAAGUGGAAUCCAACAAGGGCAAGAUGAGUCCUACGCAGAUUACUAUGAAAGGUUCAAGUCUCUCACCACUCAAUGCCCUCAACAUGGAAUGAAGAAUGAGACCUUGCUCACUUGUUUCUAUGAUGGGCUCACUAACUUGGAAAGAGACAUGCUAGAUGCAGCUUCUGGUGGAUCUUUUGUUGACAAGGAGCCUGCGGCUGGAAUGAUACUUAUUGAGAAUAGGGCCUUGAAUCAACAACAAUAUGGAAGCUCUAGGCCCAAGACCACCACCAUUCGUGAAAAGGUCCAUGAGGUAAGUACUUUAGCUCAAUUGGAAGAGAAAAUUAACAAACUUACUUCUCUUGUGUCUCAGGGAUCACAUGGACAAGUUAUGGCAUGUGGAGUGUGCUCAAUGCAAGGGCAUAUGUCUGACCAAUGCCCUCAACUCAUGGAAGGAGGAAACUUUGAAGGUGUCAACGCCCUAGGGUUCCAACAAGGGUACCAACGUCCAAGGAAUGACCCAUAUUCUAACACCUACAACCCUGGAUGGAGGGAUCACCCAAAUUUUCGAUGGAGGGACAAUGAAAACUCCCAACAAGCGCAAGCUUCUCAAGCCUUCAAUCAACGUCCUCCUGGCUUCUCCCCAAAGCCUCAGGCUCCUCUAAACCCUACUUCUUUCAAUGCUUCAAAUUCUAAUUCAAAUGUUUCUUCUUCUAAUGAUGAAUUGAUUAAAGCAUUAGCAAAGUCUACUCAAGCUUUACUUGCAGGUCAAAAUAAUCAUGAGAGACAGAUCAACACCAUUGGUACUGACAUGGCAGAGAUGAAGAAGCAAAUGAGCCAAGUAGUGAAGUUCAUGGGGAAAUUUCAUGAGCAAGGUAAGCUCCCAAGUGGCACCAUUCCUAAUCCUCACUUUGAGCAAGCAAAAGCCAUAACAACAAGGAGUGGAAGGACCACCAUAGACCCCCCUAUGACGUCAAAAAAGAACCAGGUUGUCCAAGAAGAUGAGGAGGACGUUAUUGUCCUGAAGAAUGACAAGGAAGAAGAUCCUGCAACGCAGAAAAAGGAGAGCAUGACGCCAACUUCAAAAGGAAAGGAUAAAAGUGGAUCUGCAACGUCCAGGAUUGAAACUGACCUUGCAAUCCCAGAAUCUGCUAUGCCCAGGAUUGAAAGCUCAUUGCAAUCCCCAACGAAACCAGAAACCAAAGGUAAUUUGUCUAACUCUUCAGUUCCAGUUAUUACUAAUGCUUUCCUUUCUCCUAUGCCUUUUCCUCGCAAAUUUGCUAAAUCCAAACAAGAAGAAAGCGACAUGGCUGUUUUGGAUACUUUUAAAAAAGUGCAGGUCAACAUUCCCCUUCUUGAAGCUAUAAAGCAAGUGCCCAAAUAUGCAAAGUUUUUGAAGGAGCUGUGUACAACAAGAAGGAGAAUUCGAGAAAAGGAGGUUGUGAAGGUGAAUGAGAAUGAGGGGGCAAAACCAACUAGAGAGGCUCAACGUCGUCUCAACCCUCCAAUGAUGGAAGUUGUGAAAAAGGAAGUCAUCAAAUUGCUAGACUGUGGCGUCAUAUACCCUAUUUCGGACAGUAAAUGGGUCUCACCAGUUCAAGUUGUGCCAAAGAAGUCCGGAAUAACGGUUGUGAAGAAUGAAGAGAAUGAACUUGUGCCCCAAAGAACCGUGACUGGCCAUAGAGUCUGCAUCGAUUAUAGGAAGCUUAACGCCACCACCAGGAAAGACCACUUUCCUUUACCAUUCAUCGAUCAAAUGCUUGAGAGGUUAGCUGGUCAUUCUUUUUAUUGUUUCCUUGAUGGUUAUUCUGGUUAUAAUCAAAUAUGCAUAGCUCAAGAGGAUCAAGAGAAAACAAAUUUCACUUGUCCUUUUGGCACUUUUGCUUACCGUCGAAUGCCAUUUGGACUUUGCAAUGCCCCAGGUACGUUUCAAAGAUGCAUGCUCAGUAUUUUUUCUGAUUAUGUUGAGAAAAUAAUUGAAGUUUUCAUGGAUGAUUUUAGUGUUUUUGGGGAUAGCUUCGAAAAUUGCUUAGGAAACCUAGAAUUAAUCUUGAAACGUUGCAUUGAAACUAACCUUGUUUUAAAUUGGGAAAAAUGUCACUUCAUGGUUACUCAAGGUAUUGUUCUAGGGCAUAUUGUUUCUUCUAGGGGAAUAGAAGUAGAUAAAGCUAAAUUUGAUCUUGUUCACUACUUACCCUCUCCCACUUCUGUGAGAGAGGUUCGUUCUUUUCUUGGACAUGCAGGAUUUUACAGACGCUUUAUAAAGGACUUCUCCAAAAUUGCAAGACCCCUAUGUCGACUUUUGCAAAAGGAGGUGACGUUUGAAUGGAAUGAUGAAUGCCAAGUUGCGUUUGAGAAAUUAAAGGAGCUUUUGACCUCCGCUCCUAUCAUGCUUCCUCCGGAUUGGUCCUUACCUUUUGAGCUCAUGUGUGAUGCUUCAGAUUAUGCAGUAGGCGCAGUACUUGGUCAAAGAAAAGAGAAAAAGCCUUAUGCCAUCUACUACGCCUCUCGAACUUUGAAUGAUGCUCAAUUGAAUUAUUCGACUACAGAAAAAGAAUUAUUAGCUGUUGUUUUUGCUUUGGAUAAAUUUAGAUCUUAUUUACUUCAAACUAAAGUUGUUAUUUAUACUGAUCAUGCAGCUUUGAAGUAUUUACUCUCAAAGAAGGAAGAAAAACCGAGACUAAUUCGAUGGAUUCUUCUUCUACAAGAAUUUGAUGUCGAAAUUAAGGACAAAAAGGGGAGUGAAAAUGUCGUUGCAGACCAUUUGAGCCGCCUUGUACAUGGUGAGGACGCCAUACCUCUUGUGGAAACUUUUCCGGAUGAGCAACUCUUCGGAAUUGAGGUAAGUGAACCUUGGUAUGCAGACAUAGUCAAUUUCUUAGCAACUAAAAAAAUACCAAACACGUUGUCAAGUUCUAUGCAUGCAAAACUUAAAAAGAAUGCUAGGCAAUAUGUUUGGGAUGAUCCUUAUCUUUGGAAAUUUUGUGCGGAUGGUAUAAUUCGACGUUGUGUGCCUGACAGUGAAACUAGUGGACAAGCUGAGGUGUCCAAUCGUGAGAUCAAGAAGAUUUUGGAGAAAACGGUUAGCCCAAGUCGCAAGGAUUGGAGUCAAAGGCUAGAUGACGCCUUGUGGGCAUACCGGACAGCGUAUAAGACGCCAAUAGGGAUAAGUCCCUUUAGGUUGGUGUACGGGAAAGCCUGCCAUCUACCUAUGGAAUUGGAACAUCGAGCUUGGUGGGCGGUGAAGAGCUUUAACAUGGACUUAGACGAAGCUGGGAUUCAUAGGAAGCUUCAACUGAAUGAGUUGGAAGAAAUACGUAAUGAUGCAUACGAGAGCUCACAGAUUUAUAAAGAGAAAACUAAGGCCUUUCAUGACAAGAUGAUUCGUGGCAAAACAUUCAUAGCAGGCCAAAAAGUUUUAUUGUUUCACUCUCGUCUCAAACUCUUUCCAGGUAAGCUUCGCUCACGUUGGGUUGGCCCUUUUGUUGUUACUUAUGUUUUUCCCCACGGAGCUGUGCAGAUUCGAAGUGAGCAAACAGGCAAUGAGUUCAAGGUGAAUGGUCAUCGCUUGAAGCCAUAUUACGAAGCCUUUAAGGAGAGCAACGUGGAGGAAGAGGACCUUCAUGACACACCACCUCCCACGGAUUAA